UAAAUAAACCAUUAAAGCACCUUAUUUAAAACCAGCCGAAUAAAUAAAAACCCCUCUGAUCUACAGUAACAAACAGAGAGACCUUAUUCUUUGUAACGGCAUGGAGCAAAGACAUUCUCAAAACCCCAAUUUUCCAGCGUCUAAGUCGCCGGAAAAUCAACAGAACCACCGCGGUGAACACCCUUUUUCCCAAAAAACCCUUCUACAAAUCCCUUUAAAUGCAAACUUUCAAACCUCUGAUCGAGCAAUUGAAUCAGCCUUUUCCAGGCUAACCCUUUCCCAAGAUUUUCAAGCCCAACAUGAAACGUCGUCGUCUGUCAAUCUUCCCCUCAGGGUCGAUGGCUUGGAAGCCGCAAAGCCAGUCGCCUUUUCACUGGGGUUUGGUGAAAAGCAAGAGAACACUGGGGAGUUGCAGCAGGCUUUAUUUUGGGCUCAGGCUCAAAGUAAUGAUUGUGGUGUCAAUGGGCCUUUCAGUUUAGACGUCCAACAGAAUCUCAACGUGGGACCGGAGAUGAUGGGUAUUGGUAAAAGCAGAUAUCUUGAUGGAAUUGGAAUUGGAGUUAAUCCUCUGAGGUUGAUGGAAUAUCAAGGACAUGGUGUUUUUGAUACUUUCAAUGAUAAUCAUGAGUAUUCUUUCUUGCAUGGCAAUAAACCCUUUAUAGGAACCAGCCCCCAAUAUCCAAAUUGUCUGUCUUCAACUAACAAUUUCAUGAAUUUCAGUUCCAGGCCGAGUUUGUGCAAUAAUCAGCACUUGUACCAAUGGGAGGAACAGUUGAGUAUUGAAAAUUUGAGAGGAAGAAUAGUUUCAUUGGCAAAAGAUCAAACCUGGAGUGGGAUUUUGAAGUUCAAAUUGGAUGAGGGGUUGACACUGCCUAGACUUGAAAUGGUUUUAUCAGAGGUGUUGGAAUUCUUGAGUGAUGUGAUAACAAACCAGUCUGGAAGUCAAUUUUUGCUCAAGCUUUUCAUGGUGUGCAAUGUGGAACAGAGGAGUAGGAUUAUUUUGAGACUAACUAGAUGUCCAUUUCAAUUUAUUAAUAUUUGUCUUAAUUCACAUGGGGCAAAAGCUAUUCAAAAACUGUUGGAGAAGCUAAAUACUCCGCAUCAAAUAUCACUCAUAGUGUCUGCUUUAAGCCUUGGUGCUGUUGCCUUGGCUAAUGAUCCCAGUGGUCAGCUUGUUAUUCAACACUGUGUAAAAUAUUUACCUGCUGAAUAUAAUAAGAUUCUUCUCAAUGAGAUAGGAAAGAAUUGCUUUGUGAUUGCAACCAACAAAAGUGGGUGUUGUGUGAUGCAAUCGUGCAUGGAACACUCGUGCGGGGAACUGAGAGAACGGUUAAUACAUAAUGUAGUAGCGUAUGCAGUCCACUUGGCUGAAGAUCCUUAUGGGAACUAUGUAGUGCAACACUUGCUGGGAAUGAAAAUUCCAGAAGUCACUACUGAUCUUGUGAGACAGUUUGAAGGAAAAUUCUUGUCUCUCUCCUUCAAUAAGUAUGCGAGUAACGUGGUGGAGAAAUUUUUGGAAACUUCAGGAGAAAGCCAUUCCAGAAAAAUUAUCAUUGAGCUGAUUAGCAGUCCAAAUGCCUCUAUGCUUCUUGUGGAUCCGUUUGGAAACUUUGUUAUUCAGUCAGCAUUGUCAGAAGCAAAGGGGCAUGUUCGUGACGCCCUGCUGAAUUUAAUCCAAGCUAAUGUGUCAUCCAUUCGAAACAAUCUUUAUGGGAAAAAGAUCCUUAGUUGCCUUGAAAAGAAGAAGCUCUUGCUUGUGUAGCAUGCCCAAGUGAUAGAUGUUCAUAUCUGGAAGAGUCACCUAGGGUAUUUUACUCUGCAUGUUUUUCAUCUAGUUUAUAUGCAAUUUUUGUCAUUUUCAACUGUUGUAAGUGUAGUUUUGUGAUAUAGCUAUGGUCUUUUGAGUGAACUUUAUCAUAGAGAAUGUUUACAAGGACAAAGGAGGCUGUUGAAUAUUUGACGAUGCAAUUGGAGCAUCAGAAUUUGUGAUCUGUAGCAGAAAGUGUGGCAUAUAGCGCUUUUAAACCGUGAAACUUCAGUUCUUUUGAUGGUGAUUGUAUUAUUUAUUUAGUGUCGUCAUUAUUUUUA